AUGUAUGAGCGAGUUGUUUAUUGGAGAGAUCUUUUCUGGUUGAGUUCGUUUGUUGAAAUUAUUCAAAGCGAUGCGAAUAUCGAUGAAAGUUAUCGAAUAUUGGAGAGAACGAAUGCUCUCGAUGAGGAGGAUUACGUUGAAGCAUGUGAAGUUAUUCAGAAUAUUGAACAACCACAGGUGUUUUGUAAUAAUAGGCGAUAUCGGGCCCAGAUGGCGGCUGAUCAGAGUGUUCGUGGCUGUGUGAGUGUGUCGUGUUCGAGUUGUCGAUUGAAAUUCUUUUGGCCUCCAGACACUCUCAAACUGCACAUCUCAUGGUUACGUGUACCGGGUGCUGGCUAUCAACCACAUCUGAAAUGCCCAAUUUGUGGUUGUUAUACGCCGACUCAAAAUUAG